CCUGCGAGGAUCGUGAACCUUGAACACCUGUGUUGCAUGUUCGCGCCAUCUUCCCGACUUUCGAGAUCGCCAGUCGUCUUCCUAUCUUCUCGUACAAAGUCUGCUGUGGUACGAUAUGUACCCUGUCUUCUCAAUCUGUAGCAUGUCCCGGCCGAGUUUCCGUGACAAGCACGUUCCAACCGUUGAAAGGAACCACCUCAAAGCCACCGAAACUAAGAACUUCCCCCUCCAUCACCCUUGAGCAUACAAUAUACGUACUGCCUGUUCCACCCAACUCAAGCAAGAAAUUAAUACGCCAUCACUGCUCGUUUUAUCGUUACUCAUACUCUCUACCCCCUUAUCUGAGGUCGACACGAUGGUGCACUAUAUUGAUGGCAAAGAUUGCAUGGUCUCGGAAUGGAUUCUCUUGGUACUUGCCUACUUGUUUGUCGGCGCACGCAUAUACGCGCGCCUGUUCCGUCUCCGUGAGAGACUAGACUGGUCCGACUACCUGCUGAUUGCCUCCGCCCUCGAUGCCUUGGGUUUGAUCAUUUGUGACACUCUCACAUUUCAAAUGGGCGUAAUGGACGAGUACGAAACGUCAGAGAAGCUAUCCAAGAUCUCAUAUUCCUCUAAUUACUUCUACGAUUUUGGAAUGGGGUUUCCCAAGCUCAGUAUGCUGGCCUUUUACUGGACCUUCUUCGACCUCAAAACUCGACCGGCGAUGCGGAAGAUACUUUGGGUCAUGGCCGUCUUUGUUGUCGCAUGCUAUCUGACUAUUCUAUUCGAUGACACGUUUUUCUGUGGCAAGGACGUUUCGGUGCAAUGGUCUCAGGAGGAGGGCGCCUGUUCCGUGUUCUAUGCCCCGGAGCCCUUCAUUCUGAACUUCACGCUAAAUCUGGCUUGUUAUUUCAUCGUUUACGCAGUACCUCUCGUCCUCCUGAUCCAAGGCGUCCUCAAGGCUUCGGCUGGUGUCAAUCUCACCUUCGUGUUGGGAGCCCUUACCAUCAUGUCAGGAGUUGUGCGCUUCAUUUGCCUCAACGUGGGUACUGGCCAAGAGAACCUUGUUUAUCCCCUCAGCAUGGUCGAGAUGGCUCUUUCUAUCAUUGUCGUCUCCCUACCCGGACUGAAGCCACUCCUAGGGUCCUCUGGCAAUGGAAAAAACAACUCUACUGCUGGCACGAACGAGACAGAACAAUACAUCGAGCAGCCGAAAGACCACUCAGUAUAAGGAUGUAUGAACAUUUGACGAAAGUUGGGAGCAUUUAAAGGAUAUCAAAACUCCAUACCAGAUUAAUAAAUAGGGAUUCUUCCUCGCAGAAUCAUGUUGAGCUUGACUUUUAUUGUAAAGAGUAAUAAUCUGAAAAGGCAUAUUGCAAGUCUCACUAUGAGUUGUCUAGAAGGUUCUAUCGUG